AUGAUCGUGAGCAUUUUCAUACACGGUCUGAAAAAGGGCCCCUUCACUUCUGCGCUCACGCGCGACUCGCUAGGUGAUGUCAAGCAAUUAAUGGCUCUAGCUCAGAAAUACAUAGACAAGGAAGAAAUGAACGCAAUGAAAGAUUCUGAGCGAAGGGAGCGCGAGUACCCAUACAGACAACCGAGGGAUGUCAGGGAAGGGGGAAGCAGAACAAAAAAUGACAAACCCAAAGAGCUGAAAUACCAGCCUAAGUGCCACAACUACACUCCGUUGGCCAUGUCGCGUGAGAAAGCCUUGAUGAUGAUCGAGAAUGCCGAUAUCUUGAAAUGGCCAAGGCACACCAGGUAUACCCCCUCUAAGAAGUUUUCUAACAAAUAUUGCAGAUUUCACCGCGAGAGGGGGCAUAACACGGAGGAAUGCUUCCAAUUGAAGGAUGAGAUAGAAAGGUUGGUGAGACAGGGGUAUUCUCAGGAUUGGGUUCCCCCAAAUUGUAUGAUCAGUAAGGAGGAGACGAGGAGCAGGUCGAGAAGCCGAGAUCAAAAUCCUGGUCCUUCGAGAAUCAAUAUGAUCCCGACCAACAAAAAUAAUGCGCCAACAAAAGGGGUAAUAUACACGAUCACUGGAGGGUCGAGUGUUGGAGAUUCAAGCAGAACUCGAAAGAUAUGGGCCAGGAUUUUGGGUUCGAACCGAGAAAGGGAAUUCGUAUUGAAGGUCGAGGAGGAAGAAGAUAUUUCUUUUGAUAGCUCGGACAAGCCACGGGACAGUGGGGAAAUGAAUGAUCCAAUGAUCAUCAAGCUGGACAUAGCAAAUUUCAUUAUUCAUAAAGUGUUGGUAGAUAGCGGGAGCUCCGCAGACAUCAUCUUCAAAAUUAUAGUUGACAAAUGGGAUUAG